UUGGGGGUGUGUAUCUCUGUUGCCAUAGCGACCGGCUCCCGGCAUGCAACGGGACGCCGUCGCUGCGGACUACAGCUCCCGUCGUGCCCCGCGCUCCGGCCCGCCCGGCUCCACAGCGCCCCCUUGCGGUGGCGAGACCCCGGGGUCCAAAAUGGGGGGCGACGUGGGGUGCCGGGCCUUGUUGGCCGUGCUGCUCUGGAUCCCCUUUCUCGGGGUGACAGCGGGGGACCGGGCGGAGGACGGCCGGGACGGUUUUCGAGGCUCCGCCGCCGAUGCCGCCGCCGCCGCCGAUGACCUGCUGUCGCGGCUGGGCCGAGCCGCCUGGGCGACCCUGGAGAGCUGGGUGGGCCCCCAGCCCCUGCGGCUGGUGGCGGAGAGCCUCGCCGCAACCCUCUGGAUCGUGUCCUCGGGGAUCUCGGCAGCCCUGACCACGCUCUGCGGGAUCCUGGGGGAUCUCCUGGCCGCCUCCGGCAUCAGCGGGGACCGGCUGGUACGUUCGGUGACGUUGGGCCCCGGCGAGGUGCAACGGGUGUUGCUGUGGGGUCUGGCCGCCCUGGUGGGUUCCUGGUUGCUGUCGCGGUUGUGGGGGCUGCUGCUGCGGGCGCUCCGCUGGGUGAAGCUCUGCUUCUUCCUGGGUGCCUUCCUCCACGUCGCGGUGUCCCGGGAGAGCCCCACGGUGCAGGCGGGGAUGUUGCUGGGGCUGUGGGUGCUCUACACCCUCUUGGGGUGUCUAGUGGGACCCCCCAGCCCCAGCCCCCAGCUGGAUGCUGCCGUGCGCAGCCUAGAGUGGAAGGUGGAAGAGCUGCGACGGCGGCAGAAGUGGGGGGGGCCCCGUAACCGGGAGGAGUGAGGCCCCCCCCUCCCCGGGACAGCCCACCCUGCUGCAGCGUCCCCAGUGCACCCCAUCGGCUUGGCUCCGUCCCCCCAAGCAUGCGUCCUCCCUGCUGAGCCCCCGCGCCCCUUCCUCUGCCCCCCACCGCUGCCCCAGUUCACCCUGGGGGUGCUGCUCCCGUUAGCCCCCCCCGACACGAACCCCCUGUCCUGCUGGGGGCACAGAGGAAGGGCCCCUCCCUCGAUGCAGCACCCCCAAAAUUGGAGGCCCUCCUCCGUGCGUACACACCACAGUGCCUUCACGUAAGCCAAGAGUGCCUUCUCCUGGGGUGGGGGUCCUGCUAUGGCCCUGGCAGCCCCCUAUGCCCCCCCAGACCCAGAUCCAGGCCCACCACGGAGGGGAGGAGAGUCCUAAUCCCCACUCGCCCAUCCAGCCGGCUCCGGUAAUGGCUCGGCACGUAGAGGGGAACCCACUCCCCACCCUGGGCAUCUCCCCAGCCCAAAACGGGGGCUCUGCUCGCGCAGGGGGGGUCGCAGUCCCCCUCAGGGCUAGCGGCCGGGCCCCGCGUUGUCAGUCCUUGGGUUUUAAGCUGCUUUUUAAACUGUUUUGAUAUGUGGUUCUGAAUAAAUACGGUUUCAUCCUG